AUUGCUUGCUUGGUAUGGUAUGGUGACUUAGGUCUCACGUCACGCUGUUGAGAGUUUUAUCCUACCCGUGUGUCCUCUUCUUCGCCUUUGUCGGUAUUAGUUCCCUUCUCCGAUGUGCCUCUCUCCCAUUGCUGCAAAGCCUGGGUUCUUGCAGCUGUGCAUGCGGCCUUUCAUGUUUAUCCAUUCUCCACGCUCACUGUCCUUGCUGCCCUUUUUGUCCUUCCUCAUCCAUCAACCCAGCCCACUGUUCGACUUCCCCGCUCUGCAUGGGGAGGGGAAAGGCCCAAGAGCGCCAGUUGGCUCUGCUGGCUGCUUUGGCGCGGCGGGGUGGUGUCGUGUCGUGCCGGACUUGCACAUACGGGUCCUAAGACGGAGGAAGCCGGGCGGUGAUGGCGCGAGUUGUGGCGGUAGGUGAUGCGGACAGCGGCGGCGGUUAUAGUGGUGGUGGUGGUGAUGAAGCGCAGCGCCCCAACACUGACAAUCUCUUCCCUCAAGUCCCGUCUUUGAGGGGGACAA